AUGAGAUUGCCUUGGGCCAGUCAGGCCGCAAUCUAUGGCCUCUUGUCUGUUGCUGUCGCGGACGUGUUACCGGUGGACGACAUCCCGUUGAUGUGUGUGACCAUCUGCGGCCCAAUCGUCGAAUUGACAUCAAAAUGUGAUAUUCAUGGUCAACGCAUGUCGAAGCGACAAGUAGAUUCGGAGUGGGUUCCUAAGCUGGCCGUGGAACCUCCUUCGCUGGGCAAGAGAAGCUUUUCAAUCAUCAGAGCUGCGCCUACAUCAUUCCCUCCCGAGUUCACUCCUGAAGAGAGUACCACCACAUCGCUAUCGAGUUGGACUACGGAGGAGACUUCAAGUACUGUGGAUCAAGUUUCAACGAAAAAGCGUACCACGAUGGCGUCUAUGCUCAUGGACACAACAAUGGCGACACAGACUACUCUUUCGACUUCGGGGACUUCAAAGACUUCAAGGACUUCGGAGGAAUCGCAAACGGCGAGUGGUACAUGGCACAGUAGCCUACAAACAAACGCACCGGAUCAGGGCGAUCCAGAGAGAGACUGUGUUUGUUUGAACAAGAGUUUCGAUGUAGCCAAGGUCGCAGCAUUGUGCCAAGACUGCAUUGUCGUGGAUGGACAUAAGCAAAACAACAUGGACAUCAUCAUGAAGUCGUGCGGUUUUGAAUCGCGUACUUAUACCCCCAACAAGGACAGCGAAGUGGACAAUGUCAGGGUCGAGGCGACGCGGCCGACAAGUAUGGGCACGAUGGGAGAUGCUCCAGCAAACACCGCUUCUGGAGUGCAAGUUCUCAACGUGUUCUGGGUCGGUAUUUUCAGUUCUCUACUAGGUUUCGCUAUGGCAUUGUAA